UCUGGUCCCGCGGCGGGCAGACGUUGAAAAAGGGGAGUCCUGAGAAGACUACAGCGGAAGAUGCCCAGUACCGACCUUCUGAAGUUGAAGGACUUUGAGCCUUACUUGGAGAUUUUGGAAGCAUAUUCCACAAAAGCCAAGAAUUAUGUGAAUGGGUAUUGCACCAAAUACGAGCCCUGGCAGCUAAUUGCAUGGAGUGUCCUGUGUACUCUGCUGAUAGUCUGGGUGUAUGAGCUUAUCUUCCAGCCAGAGAGUUUGUGGUCACGGUUUAAAAAGAAAUUAUUUAAGCUAAUAAGGAAGAUGCCAUAUAUUGGACGCAAGUGUUGGGAAUCAAAUCAGAUCGAAGAACAGUUGAAUAAGACUAAGAAGGAUGUUGUCAAGCACAUGCCGUUCCUGAAGAUGGAUAAAGAGUAUGUGAAAACUCUACCUGCUCAGGGCCUGAGCACAGCUGAGGUUCUAGAGAAACUCAAGGAGUACAGUUCCAUGGAUAUCUUCUGGCAAGAAGGGAAAGCCUCAGGAGCUGUGUACAGUGGGGAACAGAAACUCACAGAGCUGCUGGUUCAGGCUUAUGGAGAGUUUGCAUGGAGCAAUCCAUUGCAUCCAGAUAUCUUCCCUGGACUUCGCAAGUUAGAGGCAGAAAUUGUAAGGAUGGCUUGUUCCCUCUUCAAUGGGGGACCAGAUUCCUGUGGAUGUGUGACUUCUGGGGGCACAGAAAGCAUCCUGAUGGCUUGCAAGGCUUAUCGAGACUUGGCCUUAGAGAAGGGGAUCAAAACUCCAGAAAUUGUGGCUCCUCAGAGUGCCCAUGCCGCAUUUGACAAAGCAGCUCAUUAUUUUGGAAUGAAGAUUGUACGUGUUGCACAGGACAAGAACAUGGAGGUGGAUGUGCGGGCAAUGAGAAGAGCCAUCUCCAGGAACACAGCUAUGCUGGUCUGUUCUGCCCCACAGUUUCCUCAUGGUGUGAUAGAUCCUAUCCCUGAAGUGGCCAAGCUGGCUGUCAAAUAUAAAAUCCCUUUUCAUGUGGAUGCUUGUCUGGGGGGCUUCCUCAUUGUUUUCAUGGAGAAAGCAGGGUACCCACUGAAGAAACCGUUUGAUUUCCGGGUGAAAGGCGUGACCAGCAUUUCAGCAGAUACUCAUAAGUACGGCUAUGCUCCCAAAGGUUCAUCAGUGGUGUUGUACUCUGACGAGAAAUACAGGAGGUACCAGUUCUUUGUUGGUGCAGAUUGGCAAGGUGGCAUUUAUGCAUCUCCAAGCAUGGCUGGCUCACGGCCUGGUGGCAUCAUUGCAGCCUGUUGGGCCACCUUGAUGCACUUUGGUGAGAACGGCUAUGUUGAAGCUACCAAACAGAUCAUCAAAACUGCUCGCUUCCUCAAGUCAGAACUAGAAAACACCAAAAACAUCUUCAUUUUUGGGGAUCCUCAACUGUCAGUUAUUGCUCUGGGCUCCCAUGAUUUUGACAUCUACCGACUAUCUAAUAUGAUGGCUGCCAAGGGGUGGAAUUUUAACUACUUGCAGUUCCCAAAAAGCAUUCACUUCUGCAUCACAUUAGUACAUACUCGGAAGCGGGUAGCCAUCCAGUUCCUAAAGGAUAUCCGGGAAUCGAUCACACAAAUCAUGAAGAACCCUAAAGCCAAGACCACAGGAAUGGGUGCCAUCUACGGCAUGGCCCAGGCAACCAUUGACAGGAAUCUGGUUACAGAAAUAUCCACCGUCUUCUUGGACAGCCUUUACAGUACAGACCCUGUGACUCAGGGAAGCCAGAUGAAUGGUUCUCCAAAGCCCCGCUGAACUUUGACCCUUGUUAGUUCCAUGGAGCUUCAGGCCUUCAGAAGGCUCUUGGCAUUUGGAACAGACCACACACAACUUGACGUCUGGACCUGCUCCUUAGAGCACAAUAUGAUAAACCUUAAGAUAGCUUCAGCCUCAGGACUCCUUUUGUUUCCUUUUGUGGCUUUUAAUUUGAAGACCCUGAAGGAUUCCACUGCAUAAUGAGUCUGCCCUUGUUAUAAAUGUUACCCUUGAAAUUGUUUUAACCAUAUUCUUCUCUAACGUGUUUGGCAUCGUCUUCACUUAAUCAUUUGUGGUGACUCUGACCUGCUUUGAUUGCUUAGGUAAAGUGUGAGAUAGCAAGAGCAUGUCUUUGCUACCUCAGUUGAAUGUUGUGGCUGUCAGGCAGGAGGCAUUUAUGUACUGUGUUCCCCAGGUGGUUUGAUUAUGCCCCAAGCAGGAGGGGAUUUCAGCCUCUGCUUCAGGAGAUGUCAUUUGUCUCUCAGGGUCACUUUUACUGCAGCUUGCUGACUUUUCCAAGCACAGGUUGGCCAGGUCAUUGACCUGUUUGGCAUAACUAGAGCAUGCUUCCCUAGCAGGGUUUGAGUGCUCCUUUGUCUCUGUGCAUGACCAUGGUUGCUCCCAUCUUUGGAGAAGCCUGUUGGCAGUGAGACUCCCCCCUUGUUUGUUCUUACUUCUGUAGGGUGAGAAAAGAACAUGUUUUCAGAGAGUCUAGGGCUUUUUGGCUGUGGUGCUGCCUCCCUGGGGUAGAUCACACCCAAGCCCUCUCUUGGGCCUGAUGAUCCGAAACUAGACCCUUUCCUUAUUUUCUUGAAUAGUACAGGUAAGCACCUGUGUGCACAUGUGGGAGGUGGUCCUUCUCUUCCACAUUGCCUUAAUCUAUCAUGUAAUGAUAAUCUGUUUUUAUUGAAGGAAACACUCCCCAAGUGUCCUUGACUUUCCUCAGUGGGUGUGAAGACAUGCAGGGGACACUUUCUCCAUCACUGUGUUCUUCCUGCCCCCUCCCCCUUAUUCAGCUUCCAAAGGUACAAUGGCACUUAGCUUCAGGUACUAGAUGUUCCUCAGCCCCUGCUGAAUGGAAGUAGCAUAGAAUGAGAGAAGCAUUUUGGAGUAGAAAGGCAUGGCUGCAGCCAUUACUCCUGGGGCCUGAGAUUCCUUCAUAAGACUGCUUCCCCAGGAUGAUACAGGGACAGGACCAACCCCUAUGCCAACUUCCCACUUGCUUCCUCUUUUCAGGGAUGGGGGCUCUCAUGUAGGCUGAGCCCCCUGUCCUGCUCUGAUGAUCAUACUAUGUGCCUUUCUCCCCAGCUGUGAGUGUAAACUUACUCCUUACCCAGGCCCUGGAAGAAAUGGACCAGUCUUGUGUGUGGAACAAGUCAGCAGGAGCUUGCUCUGUUCCCUCCCCUUCUCAGGGAUUCCUGAGUAUUCAGCCUAAGUAUUGCUGGCUGGGAGAGCCAGACCACUAGGCUGGGAAGUGUUCCUCAGCGCUGUUCUGACCCCAUAAUUGUUAGUAGCUGGCUCAUUGCAGGGCAAGUGUGUAUGUGCACUUCCCUCAUGUGUUCUCUACAGGGCACUAUGGGGUGCAGGGAUGCUUGAUUCUCUCAUGUGUCAGAAAGAGGCUAAGUUGCUGAGCUCAGGCACUUCAGUGGUUAGAGCUAUGCAGGGCUCAUCUCUGGGUCUACAGAACAUCAUGCAGGAGAGGACCAGGGACCAUCCAGCAGGCAUCACUGGCUUGCCACUGCCUAAAAUGGAGAGGCAGGUCUUCUGUAGUCUCAGAAGAACCAGGAGCUGUCCACUCCCUUCCUUUGUGACAGCACUGGUGUGGGGUGAUGGUGUUUUCCAGGGGGACCUGCUGCAUCUACUUUAUGAUUAGGAACUUUAGUGUGACUUCAGGCUUUCAUUGUGCUUGUGUCUUUGCGUGUCCAUGCUAUGCCUAGCCAGUGUCAGGGGUGGGUAGGAUGUCUAGUAUCAUGUGGCUUAGUAGGUGCCACAGUAGCUUCUGCAAACACUGUACUGUCUUGUUUCUAUAUUAGUCAUAGUUAUUACUGUGAAUAUACUGCCAUGUCACUUUUAAUAUUACCAGUUUUAUAUUUGGAAAAUGGUACUUGCCUCUUUGAAAGCUCUUUUAUCUUCUCUAACCUCCCCAUCAUCUCCAUGCCCUUUCCUGACUGCAAUAAUAACUCUUAAAAAACAAUUGAAUAAUUAAAUGUACCAAACUAUAA